UAUCCCAGAGAAAAAAGUUGAGAAGCCUGUUUCGACUUGAAGACACCCGUAUCAGGUGAAUGGAGAGCCAGCUACCGCAAUGAAAGGUCUGAAGAAAAAGUGGGGGUUAGAAUGCUAAGUGGAUGAGAUCCACAAGCUCUCUUUGGGAGGAACCACUUUCUGAAACGAGAGUCAUCGUACUUCAUGGAACUUCACGGUUUCCAGCUCAGGGAGGCAGACAGGCAAGCUCCAGCUCCGAGAGCUAAAAGGCUUUGCCCAGGGUCAGAGCCAAAGACUCAGUCAAAAACGUAACACCUGCCGAUUGCACUGAGGUCCAGGACACCAUCCAGGCUACUUCUGAGGUGCCACUGAUCAAGCCAAGUAGCACAGCAGAGAGGCAGCCUGUUCUGGGGCCACAAAAACUGGAGCUCAUCUCCUGGCUUUGCUUCUCACUGUCUGUGUGACGUUGAGCAAGUUGUCGAAGUGCGCUGAGGCUCUUCACCUGCACAAUGACCAGGUCUGGGAAAGGCAAUAACGAGGCCCUGGGAAGCCGGGGAGAAUUAAGGAUCGCAUGGCCUGCUGCGCACGCCUGCCAGCUCUGCCUGCUGAGGAGGGAGUUCCCCAGCCCGGCACAGCAGCUGCCCGCCCGUGUGGAGACCUAGCCCGGGAACGAAAUCAAACCAGGAAUAACCUAUGCUGAGCCCUUGCGUCAAUCGUCCCCGAGUGUUUCCUGACACGUAUUUUUGCUUACAGUCCCUCAGAACUAAAGAAUGGGGCUCAACGUGACAUUUGCAAAAUUACCAGAUAAUGAGCUGCACGGUCCAGGGAAUCACACCCCAAGUAACACAAGCGAUGGACCCGGAAAGAACACCACCAUUAACAACGAAUUCGACACUGUCGUCUUGCCUGGGCUUUACCUCGUCAUCUUUGUGGCAAGCAUCUUGCUGAAUGGUCUAGCAGUGUGGAUCUUCUUCCACAUUAGGAAUAAAACCAGCUUCAUAUUUUAUCUCAAGAACAUAGUGGUUGCUGACCUCAUAAUGACGCUGACGUUUCCAUUUCGAAUAGUCCACGAUGCAGGAUUUGGACCUUGGGACUUCAAGUUUAUCCUCUGCCGAUACACUUCGGUUUUAUUUUACGCCAACAUGUAUACUUCCAUCGUGUUUCUCGGGCUGAUAAGCAUUGAUCGCUACCUGAAGGUGGUAAAGCCAUUUGGCGACUCUCGCAUGUACAGCAUAACCUUUACAAAGAUUUUGUCUAUUGGUGUCUGGGUGCUCAUGGCUAUCCUGUCCUUGCCAAACAUCAUUCUAACAAAUGGUCAACCAACGAGGGAAAAUAUUCAUGAGUGCAUGAAACUUAAGAGUCCUUUGGGAGUGAAAUGGCACAAGGCCAUCAUUUACAUCAACAGCUGCUUGUUCGUGGUUGUGCUGGCGAUGCUGAUAGGAUGUUACAUAGCCAUAUCCAGGUACAUCCACAAAUCCAGCCGGCAGUUCGUGAGCCAGUCCAGCCGAAAGCGAAGACACAACCAGAGCAUUAGAGUGGUCGUGGCCGUGUUUUUCACCUGUUUCCUACCCUAUCACUUGUGCAGGAUUCCUUUCACUUUUAGUCACCUGGACAGACUCUUAGAUGAAUCGGCACACGAAAUCCUAUACUACUGCAAAGAAAUGACGCUUUUCUUGUCUGCGUGCAACGUGUGCCUGGAUCCGAUAAUUUACUUUUUUAUGUGUCGCUCAUUCUCAAGAAGGCUGUUCAAGAAAUCAAAUAUGAGAACGAGGAGUGAGAGCAUCCGAUCACUGCAAAGUGUCAGAAGAUCAGAGGUCCGCAUAUACUAUGAUUAUACUGAUGUGUAGGAGUUAAAGGCCACCAGGGCUUCUCUUGUUUGUCGAAGUCGAUGUGUACAAACUGUAAAUAAAUUUGUCUUUUGAUUACCCUCGCUUGAGCCCAUCGAAAUAUGGAUGAAAAGAGAACUGAGAUGAUAUGAAAUUGGGGUAUAACUUGGAACUGAGAAAAACAUUAAGGCAUACCAAAAAAGUGAAAUUAACAAGAGGUGGUGUGUCGCUGAGUGGCAGGGAUCAUGGCUCAAGGUUGAAGGAGCAGAUUACAGGUGCAGAAAAGGCCACAGCAAUGCCAGCGCACUGCAGGAAAUGCUUCCAGGAAAUGCUGGUGCUCUGAAGCCACUUCUGAAAGAAGAGGAAGUAGAGGGAACUCUAUCUAACCUGGAUCCCUAAGAUUUGGGAAAGAAAAUGCUGUUUUCAACACAGCUCAUUCACUGCAGAUGUAACUGAGUAAAUAUGGAUUGCUAGGUCUUUCUGUCAUUGUAUCUAUGGCCCAUACACAACCUUUAGCCAUUA